UCUCUGGAGGCUCACGUAUCCCAUCGGCCCUGGCGCCAGGGCGGAAGAAGGCGCGGAGGCGACUCUCUGGCCCGCAGCGCCUGGACUCUCGUCUCCCGACUGACGUCGGACAACAAAGAUGGCGGCAGGAACCAGCAAUUACUGGGAAGAUCUCAGGAAACAGGCUCGACAACUGGAAAAUGAACUUGACCUGAAACUAGUUUCCUUCAGUAAACUGUGCACGAGUUACAGUCACAGCAGUGCCCGAGAUGGAAGACGCGACAGGUAUAGCUCUGACACAACACCUCUUUUAAAUGGAUCAAGCCAAGACAGAAUGUUUGAAACAAUGGCAAUUGAGAUUGAACAGCUUUUGGCAAGGCUUACAGGAGUAAAUGAUAAAAUGGCAGAAUAUACCAACAGUGCAGGUGUCCCCUCCUUGAAUGCAGCACUGAUGCAUACAUUACAGCGACAUAGAGACAUAUUGCAGGAUUAUACACAUGAAUUCCAUAAAACCAAAGCAAACUUUAUGGCAAUACGGGAAAGGGAGAAUCUCAUGGGAUCAGUACGAAAGGAUAUUGAGUCAUAUAAAAGUGGGUCUGGAGUAAACAACAGAAGAACUGAACUAUUUUUGAAAGAACAUGAGCACCUUCGAAACUCAGAUCGUCUGAUAGAAGAGACAAUAAGCAUUGCUAUGGCAACAAAAGAAAAUAUGACUUCACAGAGAGGAAUGUUGAAGUCAAUUCAGAGCAAAAUGAACACUUUGGCCAAUCGUUUUCCUGCUGUGAACAGCCUGAUCCAGCGAAUCAACCUUAGGAAGCGGCGAGACUCACUCAUCCUGGGUGGUGUUAUUGGUGUCUGUACCAUCCUAUUGCUGCUGUAUGCUUUCCAUUGAUGAGACGCCUCCAGGGACUCUUGACAACUACCACUUUCAGGCCCUGAUCUGGAAUAAGGAAAGCGGGAAGGAGAAAUGGACUGCCCUGAUAAUUAGCCUGACCAGCAGGAUUCCUUCGGGGCUCAUAGUGCUGGACUCUGUGACGUGGUCAGGUUGAGCUGAAGCCACAGUUUUUCUAACACACUUCCUUCUGUUUUUAGGUUUUAUAAAAGGAAAAGUUUUCCGUUGCUUUUGUCUCCCCAGAGGGUAAGUAAACGAGUCAGAAAGAGAGUCUGCGCUUCAGUGAUAGUGUUGGAGGCUGAUGGCAAGCUAGGUCUUACAGCUGGACUCUUCGGAAAACCAGGUCUCUCUAUCCAAAGACUGCUUUCCUUUUAGCUGACGGAUUGGGUUGUGAAUAAAAAUAGUUCUUGUCCUUUUAUUUUACACUCAUGAUGAAAAGUCACAAGUCAUUUUUAAAUCUGUGCUAUAAACUUCUACUCUGUGUCCCCAACUCUUUCGGUAUUCAAGGAAAAUUCCAUUUUUCACAGAUUCUUUGAGAUGCUGACAAGCCAACUUCAACAGAGUUGAGGUUGUCUUAAAUGAUAAACACUGCAAAAAAGCAUUUUUCUUUUUUGUAAUUCUCACCCAAGGAUAUGUUUUUAUUGAUUUUUUUUUAUUUUAAUUUUUUUGAGAAUGAGGAAGGGGAAGAGGAGGGGGGUGGGGUGGAGAGAGAGAGAGAAACAUCGAUUGGUUGCCUCCCAUAUGUGCCCUGACCAGGAAUCAAACCCACAGCCUCUUUUGAUACACAGACAACGCUCCAACUGAGCCAUUCGGCGGGGAUGUUCUUUUUUUAACUCGUGUGCACAUUGGGCUUAACUGUAUUACUGGAAAAGCAUCAAGAAUGACAAGCUUUUCUUAAGGAGUCAAUUAUUGUUUUGACUUUUAUUUCUUCCAUUUGGGUUAAUAUUUGCUACUAGAAGAAAAUGAAAUCUUCGUUCUGCCAGGACAAAAGAAGCUAAUAGCCAAUGCCCCCAACUAUUCCUCAUGUCAGGAUUAACACUGAUGACUGAGUGAGGGGACUGCUCAGUUUUCAGUGACAUCUACUGAACAAGCCACGUGUAAAAAGACAUUGAUCAAGGAGUCACCAUUCAGAUAAUUUCAUUUGUAAAUGCUCCACGUUUAUGAGCAAAAGUUUUAAGAACUACCACCCAAUAUAACAGGAAUUCUGUGUUCUGUGAAAAUCUCUUUAUCCCAAAUCUUUUAAGCUUUUCCAGACAUCCAGAGAACGGCGUCACAGUUGGAGAUACGUGUGACAGAAUCUCUAUCUGCCCCUGUCCUCUCUCAUCCGCAGAGUGACAAAAUCUUAAACCACCCACCAGAAUUCUUAGGUUUAACCAUUUCUGAGUUUCUGUAAAUUCAUUACUUUGUCUAACUCAACUACCACAAAUAGUUUGAAGACUUCCAACAUCUACAUUCUCACCAAGGAGGAGGCUGCUUUUCACCAUUGGAAUUGAUUAUGGUAUUUACAGUAUUGGCUUCAGACUGUGCCACCAGGAAUGAAAGGAUAUUAGCAUGCAGUUCUUAACUACAUCAUAAAGUGUCGAUGGUGUGUGUCAUUCUGAUGAACUUGAUGUACAGGCUGAUGGGCAGACUAAUCCAUGGUCUGAUACAGAGACUGAAAGGUUUCAUUCUGGUGUCAGAGUUUUGUUAUAUUCUGGUAUGAAAGGCAUUUGAUAUUUUUUUAACUAUGGGGUUUAUUUUUCUAAAUAUGGGUUGAUUGAUCAGUAGUUGAUUGGGGGUGCCCUUAAAAGAUAGUUUAAGUUUUCCCAAUGCGAACCUUCCAGGGUCAGGGAAGGUCAUUUAUUAAAUUCUCUGUUGGGAGAACAAUGCCUUUCUCCCCUGACACUUUAUUAUCUUUGAUUUUUCAAAGGGCCUUGAUUGGUGGUUGUACCUCAGCUAGAAUUUAUGGGACUUUGGUUGCUAUAUAGUUGGCAUUUAUAAAAUCUGAAGUUUCAUAAAUAAAAUUAUUUAUUUAAUUAUACUACCAGUCUUUUUUACUGGUCUGAUUAUUUGGUGCAUUCAUCGAAGCUGAUUGUGUGACAGUAAAACUAGAACCUGCGCUAAUCUAGCUCGCUGCCACUGAUGAGCCUUUCCAUUGAGGUUCUGCUAAACGAAGUAAAAGCAUUGUGUUGGGUCUUUUCUUUACAAAGAUAAGCUAGUUCUUCCCAGGAAGUUGAGAACGUGUGGUGUAGAUGUUGCGGUCAGAUAGGUCUGACUAACCUCCCAGUGCUGUAGCCCAGAGUGAGGUGUCCGGGGCCAAAUGUAGAGAGGUAGCUAGGACUGUGCCCAUCCUUCCUCUGCGAGUCCUUUAGGACAGCGGUCGCCAACCAUGAUGUCUGAAAGGUUGGCGACCGCUGCUUUAGGAGGCCUGGAGCAAGAAAAAGAAGUGUGCCAUUGACUAGUUAGAGGCUCAACAUGGAGCCCACAGUCGCUGGUUUAAGAACUCUUUCAGUUUCAUGCCACUUAACUUUUUUUUUUUACCAUCUUGAUUUUUCUCCUUUUUUGCCAUUCUUACAGACCUGUUGGUAGGCCCAGGAGCCAACAGUAGGCUACUCUCAGAGAAAGUCAGAGCAGAAGGACUUUCCUGUUUCUAGUCCCAAAUGUUGCCUCGUAGAGGGAGCAGUCUCCCUCAGCUAUUGUCUUAUAUGAUGAUCUUUCCUUUUGGAAUCUUUUUUGUAACCACUCAAAACUUUCCAUUUCACUAGAGAGUAUGAAAAACCAUGGCAACAUAAAGGCAGAAAAUUCCAAAACAUACACUUCUGAGACUGUUUUAAUGUGUGCUGGUAACUCUAGUAAAAGUUAAAAAAUCUCUUACUAAAGUUCAAGCCCAAAUGUCCAAGUGCUUUAGUGUCUGUCCUGGCUGUCUCUAUUAUUAUUACUUUUAGAAGCUGAAGGAUUCCCUGUAACCUGCAUUGGUCACCCUUUAUUUGUCUCCUGUUAGAAAAGGGCUUUCCUUCUCCACUAUUCCUCUCUCCUUUCUGCCAAAAUUCACUUUACAGAGAAUGCCGUUUUCCACACUGCCCAGGAAUCAGAUCAGGCAUGGGAGUGAAAUCCUGAGACAGACGGGUGACAGGAGGGGAGACAUCAUGAGACUUUUUGUACCUAGAAUCAAAUAUCUUUACUUUAGUUCUUUCCUAUUGGAUGCUAAGUAAACCUGAAUAGAGAAAUGUACCUAUUGAGCUUUUGGCCUCUAAAUAAUUGAGGCACUUUGGACUUGCAUUCCCACCGUUAACUUUCUGUUUCACUGUUGAUAAUCUCAACUUGGUGAAAGGACUUUAAGAAACUGGACUAGCCUUUUGGUUUCUAAUACCUUAUGUUUGAUCAUCAAUCAGAUUGAUUUCUUGGAAAUUGAGUUCUCUAACUUGCAACAUUAAGCUGAUGAGUCUAAGUGGCCAUGUCCAGUGUUGCACUAGAUUUUGUGGCAAAUGUAACUAAAGAACAAAUGGAUCCUACUCAGAAAAUUAAAAUGAUUGCGUUCCAUUCUCAUUUUGGGUUAGGGGUUAUUUAGCUGGUCUCCAAAAAGAUGCAGAGCUUUACAUCAUGGACUUUAUAACCUAAUCUUGUUAUUCCUUUAUAAAUCUGCGAAUCCUUCUUAUAGGGGAAAGGAAAAUGAGGAACAAUUGAUUCUUAAGGAUGUUCAUUGGAUAAGAAGCUGAGCCAUGUCUUUCUCAUUUUCUUUAUACAUAAGGUCUCACUUUAGGAUCAAAGUAUUUGCAUUUAUUGCCAUCCUAUUAGCUCUUAGGGAGGGAAAUCAAUUCCAAUCACACUUUACCAUGAUGGGAGAUGUUUACUCUUGAAAAAUGCCAAUACAGAUUUUUAAAAAUCUAUUCCAAAUGCACUUUCUAAUUUUUUUGCUUUUAAAAUGGCUUCUUGGAACCAGUUUAAUUGUAUUUGUAUUUAAUUUUUGUUCUCAUCUAAAUGUGCAUUUUCUGACUGUAUAGAAGCUUUGCUAUGUAAUUUAAUAAUAAACUAGAAAUCUAAA